GCUUGUGGAGGGAGGCAUUCGCAUAGCGGGGCCUCCAUGUAGCCUCUUUGUUGCGGCAUCCCAGUCAGUGCACCGCCGCAGCGUCUCAAAUUUGAACGGGAACUUGCAGAACGCCAAAGUCAGAUGCAGCAACCGGAUUUGGACCAACUUUGCUGUGUGCCUACUGGUGCUACACAGGAUUCGCGAGGAUGUCAAGAUCGUUCUGGAACAGCCCUCUUCAAGCUGGGCCUUCAAGCUCCCGAAGAUGCUUCAAGUUUCCAAAAAAUGGAACCUGUCUCGCGUAACCACAUGGAUGGGUGCGUUUGGCCACGACCUCCUCAAGUGCAGCCACCUCCUCCUGAACCUCAGUAACGGUGAGCAGAUAUUGGGCCGAAAGAUGUCAGCAGCGAAGCGUAAGGUGAUCAAGGAGCGCUUUUUGAAGAGGCAAGAGCGUCGCAGAAACAAGAAGGAAUACUACCGGCAAAGCUCCAAUGGCUCCUGGAACGGUGGCAAAGAUUUGGCUAGCAGCGCAGCAUACACGGCUGGAUUCUGCACAGCCUUGCUUAAGGCAUGGCGUGCAUGAAGCCAAACUUGGUAGUGUUUCGAUCAUUUCCUGUGCGCCAAGACGCCUUUUCGUUCCAUGUUGUUGAGAAUCUUUAGGUGUUGAAUCUGUUGCAAGGUUUGUUGUCACUACCUUGCUUGCAGUACAGAAGGUGGUAGACAACAGGGGCCCUUGUACAGUAAAUCUGACGUGAUUUUAGUUCGCGAUGCUGUUGUUCGAUGAUUUCCUGG